AUGGAAAUUCAAGGGGUCGACACAAACAGACUGGAUGACUUCCCUUACUCUGGCUUGCGAGUUCUCGGAGCUAUUCAAAUCGGCGUUGGCUUGAUAACUAUGGCGCUGGGAACGUUCGACGUCGGCUUGGUAAUGGCUGUACGAGAAUCCGAGAGAAAGACGCUUACGUCACGAAAUGACGUCACAACGUUUGACACAAUCGUCACCAUGUCCAUCACAGGCACUCCCAUCUGGUGUGGGAUAUGGCGACAGAGUCUGCAUCAGGGCGACUUCCGUUGGUUGGUGUCUCUAUGUGUGGGAUUCCUGGCGUUCCUUGAAGUCGUCAUAGCGACAGUCAGCGCCGCCAUGUGUUGCUGCUGCUCUCGUGUCAACACCACCAAGGUGCGUACAGUGGUAUAG